ACUUGAUGUGCACAAAUUAACUUGGACCUAUCCCGUAUCCCACAAAUGAAGGCUACCAGCAUUUUAAUGUUGGCCCUAGGGGUGGUGGUCCUCCUCUUUGCCCGCUCUCUUGCUGAUCAUAACAACAAGCCAAAGCUUGUAAUUCCCUUUAAUGGUUAUGCUACAGAGGAUGGGAGGCCAGAAGAGCACAAGUUACCAGUCUUAGGUGUUGAAACCGAUGAAGAACAGAAGCCGAAAACUCUACACCAAAACAUUCAUUCGGAAUCGAUAACGGUCAAUAAGUGGAAGCCUCGGCGUCCAACCAUUAGUCCACUAGGGCCUCCAACCACUAGCCCGCCAGGGCCUCUAGGGUCAACUCUUAGUACUCCUCCGAAAAGGUCAAAUCAUCUUCGUACUAGUCUGAUAAGGUUUCGUCCGACAAGACUUCGUACUCCUCCAAUAAGGUCACCACCAACUACUAUUCCUCCAGGGCCUCCAAGGUCACCUCUUAGUACUCCUCCGAAAAGGCCACCUCCUUUUACUUCUCGUCCGAUAAGGUUCCGUCCGAUAGCGGUUCGUACUCCUCCGAUAAGGUCACCUCCAACCACUAUUCCACCGGGGCCUCCAAGGUCACCUCUUAGUACUCCUCCGAAAAGGUUCCGUAUUCCUCCGAUAAGGUUCCGUACUCCUCCAAUAAGACUUCAUACUCCUCCAAUAAGGUCACCUCCAUUGCGUUUUGGUAGAAGGCCACGAGGACCACCAAGAGCACCCCUUGUGCCGUCUACUAAAUAAUGUUAAAGGCUAGAUCUAUAUGAAAUUAUCCAUCUCCACUUAAUUUACUAAAAUAAAAGAGAUGAUAGAAUAAGAGAUGUUCUCAAUGUUUAUCCUUAUGUUAUCUCCUAAGGGAAGAAUUUCCUUCACAUUAUAUAGUUUGCAAGGAUUCUUUUGGAUGAAAGUGCGG